AUGCCCACUCUGCCGUUCCCCAUCCCUCCUCACCAUCUACACCACGAUCAGGGCUACCAGGGAGGAACCAAUUUUGUUACUGAGUUUUUCAUAAAAAAAAGCCUUAAAAUAAUUUCUGCAUUUGAGGAUCAUCUGAGGUUUCCUCGGGAGGAAGUUAGUUAUUCAAAAGAACAACACUUCCUUUGCCCGCUCAUUGAUCCGACAGAACACCAAAUAACAUACAGUUCUCAAGUCAUUGAGCUGUUUCUCAACAUCAUGAGGUGCAAUGUGCCCAUAGAUCAGAUGUUUCUACCAGACAAUUGCAAGUGGAACAUCAUCAAUAGUGACAACCCUAACAACAACAUCAACAACAUCAACAACAACAACAGCAUCAACAAUAACAACAACAACAGUGCCAACACUGUAGAUACCAACGCCACAACCCACAGCGCAAAUAUCACUUGCAAAUGGAACAUCAUCACAAGAAGCAAGAAGAACCACAGCGAUGAUAAUAAUAACGCCAAUUUUUACAAAUGA